AUGCUUAACUCUCAAAGUCAACCCUGCAAGGGUGCAGCGUACCCAACAAAGUAUCGUCGAAACCAACCGCGUUCCAAGAACGGAUGUCUUACUUGUCGUAGCAAACGCAAAAAGUGUGACGAGACCAGACCUCGUUGCACAUCUUGUAUUCGAUCUAACCAAACUUGUGUUUGGCCAAGCAAAGAUGAACAAGAAUCGCCGAGCAACUCGGUUGGCAACACUUCAGAUUCGACUAGCUCCACCUCGGAGCGAAAACGAUCUCCAAACGAAGACCCACAAGCAGCAAUCUCCGACCUCAACCUUGCUAUGAAGUCACUGUCAACUACUUCAGAUACACAGAUUUUCCAGAGAUUUUUCUUUGACUGGGCUACUUCGGGAAACACAUCCGGCGGUUAUACAAUGAGCUGGUUUGCCAACUUGUUUCAAAUCUACACCAACGCAAGCACCGACAGUCUCGUGCACAAAUCUAUCCACGCCCUGGCCAAUGCAAGUUAUGGACAAAGAUUCAAUUCACCUGAAGCAUUGACAAAAGGGAACAAAUGGUAUGGAAGAGCAAUCCAGAUGUUGAAAGUCAAAUUGCUUUCCAUUAACGAUUCAUCAUCAUACUGUGAUGUCGUGUCAGCCAUUACUCUGCUCGGUAUUUAUGAGAUAUACGGGAGCUUUCUAAAUGGUCAAGCUCCUCCUGUACCAUGGACAUCGUUAAACAAGCUGGCGUUGCCAAAGUCGCCAGCCUUCUACGCACACAUUGAACUCAUUUAUGAAGCCGCAUGCCAAUUCGCUGAGUGGAGAACCGCUUUGCUCGAUUAUGAAUCGGAUGAGGGUUUAGACAGGUUGUCGGAUGUUGCAAGAAAAGCAUCUAUGUUGGACAAGCGGUUCGAGGAAUGGGCCGAAAGUGCGCCCGAAUCGUUGAGAUACACGACAGAUCAGCUACCACUCGAACCUCACCCUGAAUGGGUGCAGCCUUUGAUCAACAGCCCAUGGAGACCUCUCAACUACCAUACUUACUCCACAUUGAUGGUGCAGAUAAUUUGGAGAUUCUACUGGAUGGCCCGAGGUAUCAUCAACCAAGCCCUUCUGUUCACAUACGACAUCCUCCAAGAACGGAAAGGAACCCCCGAUACCAGUAUCUCCCACCGAGCCGACAUUGAGGACCAGAUUCUGUCAUUCACCGAUCUGUUAUGCGAAUCUUGCGUAUCGACUUUCGUCACUAUUUCCAAGGGCGAUCCACAGAUGGAGGCCGAGAAAGUCCCUACCCUCUUGGGAUACCUCAUUCUGCAAGUUCUGCCAGCUCUCGGACUGUUCUAUGAACAAAUCGUUUUCACCAGCGUUGAUACGUUUGGUAGAAGAGAAUGGGUGGCCAAGAUGAGACACUUCCUUCGGGUCAAUUUUGGUAUAGCAAAGGGUAUUACUGCGAUACCCCCUUCUCAUGUUGGAAAGAUUCCGAUUCAGACUUGGGGUCUACCAGAUGAGUUUCCACGUGGUAGCAAGUAG